AUGCAGCUUCACAAGAUUCUUUGGUUGGCGGUCUUACCAGUUCUAGCCAAUGCAUUUCCAUCCAACGGCGGACCAGGUCUCAGCAAACGACAAACUGUCACUUGCACUUUCUCCAUCACGGCUAGCAAUGGAGACACCUGCAGCAGCAUCGCAACUGCUUGGGGCCUCACAGUCGCUGACUUUACUGCGUUGAAUCCGGGCAUCAAUUGUGCCAAACUGGUAGUUAACAACCAGUAUUGCGUCCUUGGCGAGAUAACGGCAACGCCUACAACGACUAGCAGCAGCAAGUCGACGUCAGAGUCAACAAGCAGUACUACGCGGACAACCAGUUCUAUAACUACCUCCCAAGCCCCAACACCGGCGCCUCAUAUGCCAACACAGGAUGGAAUUUCGGCACAGUGCAAUAAUUGGUAUCUGGUCAAACCAGGAGACACUUGCGCCGCAGUCGUCUCAAAAUACAGUAUCACUCUAUCCAACUUCUAUUUCUGGAAUCCAGCUGUAGGCACACCCUGUCAAUCAUUGUGGGUAGACUAUUACGUGUGCGUAGGCAUUCCAGGCUCUACCCCAAUCCCAGGCCCGCAGCCACAGAUGCCAGGCAUAAGCUCGAAAUGCAACAAAUGGUACCUUAUCAAAUCAGGUGACACUUGUGUCGCAGUGGAGAGAGCUACCGGCUUGACCUUGGCACAGAUCCGUGCCUGGAAUCCCCAACUCAACUCUGACUGCACCAAUUUGUGGUUGGACUAUUAUAUCUGUACUGGAGUCUCGUCCUAAACAGAGAAGGGAGAUCUGUGGCGGACAGGAUGUUCAGUCUCGCUGCAAAAUAGCCAAGAUGGAGCUAUUGGUUGUUCUUGCAGAAAGCAGCAUAAAAAGGAACCCAAUUAGUUAUCC